GGUUUUGGGCUCCUUUGGCCUUCCACAAUACCGAUACUACAGUGACAAGACAAGGCGUGUAGGGACGGAGCUGGCUAACCGAACAGCCAGGCCAUGUCUGUGAAGAUGGAACUGGAGGUCAGUGGAGUGUCCAGGGCCCCCGUGUCUGUUUUACCUGCUGCUGAGGUCAAAGCCACACUAAAACCUGAGGUGGAGAAACCACGCUGCUCUAGCACACCAUGCUCACCCAUUAAAAGUACUGUCUCAGGAUACCAGAUCCUUCACAUGAACUCUAACUACCUGGUGGGCUUCACCACUGGUGAGGAGCUUCUCAAACUGGCCCACAAGUGGUCUGGUCCAGAGAAGAGUGGCACAGAGGCUUUGCCCAGCUCUAUCCAGAAACCUACAGAUUUAGGGCUGCAUCGCAGCUCGCGUGUUUACAAAACCAAAAGCCGUUACUACCAACCCUAUGACAUCCCUGCUAUUGAUGGGCGACGUAGGAGGCGAAUGCCAAGUUCAGGCGACGUCCGCUUCAGGUCGCCUACGCCCGGAGAGCCCAGUAAAGCUCUGCAUGGGUCGCUGCCACUCUGCCUGCUUAAGGCUACGCGGGCACACUCGAAGUCUCUGGACUACCUCAACCUGGACAAGAUAAGUCUGAGCGAGCCUGCCGAUACUGACGUACUACAGUACCAGCUUCAGCAUCUCACGCUGCGUGCUGAGCGCAUGUUCACCAGGAACAAAACAUGAACUGAUGAAAGGCCUCUCGCACUGACAGCCAGGCCCUUUAUUCACAGGAUCUGGCUGCCUUUUUGGGCCUUGCAUUUCUCCGGUGAAAUCAUAGGAGGUUCCUGUAGUCAGGGCACAUUUAGGCCACGAACGUUGCUAUCUUAGGAGCUUUUUGUUAAACCAGAAGGUUUUAUGAGGCACCUUGAGGCCUGACUAACUUAAACUUUAACCUGUGAACAGAAUGAUGUUAAUUUAAUAAUGUGUGUGACAGGGUAAGUGUGAGAUUGUCCAGAAUUAGCAAUAAAUCAUAUGCUUAAGAGUUGCUACUACUCUUUGUGUGUGUGUGUGUGUGUGUGUGUGUGUGUGUGUGUGUGUGUGUGUGUGUGUGUGUGUGUGUGUGUGUGUGUGUGUGUGUGUGUGUGUGUGUGUGUGUGUGUGUGUGUGUGUGUGUGUGUGUGUGUGUGUGUGUGUGUGUGUGUGUGAGAGAGUGUGUGUGUACGCCUGUGCUGAGGUUUUAAUGUGAAAAUGCCUUUGCAGAAAUGUGGGUAAUUGUCUACUAGAUUUUACUGUUAAACAAAUGGAUUCUUUUUGUAACCAGUUUAUUAUAUCUUGCCUUGUUGUUCUCAUAACUUUAGCAUUUUAGCAUUAGCAUCUUCACAUUCUUAGGUGUGUCAGUA